AUGAAAGCAGAUGCACCUCUUUGUGAAGUUUUUCUUGCUGGACCCUUUCCUGGGGUUUGCCGCAUCUUUUAUGCUCGAGGCGCUACGCUGCAGUACCGCGUGCGCCCUCGCUUUCGCACAGUUUGUGAAUUGCUAGAAAAAGAUGAAAGACUGCAACAAAAAUAUGGAGGCGCCGGCUGCCCAGGGCUCUUCCCUACUUGGGAUGAGGGGGGUAUUUUAGAAGAAGUCGAUGAAUGCCUCAAUCAACCGCCGCCAGACAUGGAGUCGUACCCUGUGAAUCUUGAGUGGGACAACGUGGCGAGUUUAUCGCCUGAAAAUCAGGAAGAGCGGCCUUGGUGGUAUAACAACGUUCACUACCCAACGCGGCGAGCAGUGCAGCGUGCAUUCGAAGAGGGCGUUGCAGACUUCCGCACUGUUAUUGAAGCGGAGUAUAAACUAAUGAAAGAACACGACAGAAAAGAGGGAGAACGCCUUGCACAUUUAAAGGCAGAACGAGAAAAAGAAAGAAAGGCCCUUUGA